AUUUGUUGAUUGUUGUUUCGUGUCACCUUUUCUUCUUCAUUCAACUUAAACCAAAUCCCCACUGCAUCAAAAGGGGAGGGAGGGAUUUUGCUCCUUAGUAGUUAGGGCGGUUUUCCGAUUCCUCGGAAACCGCUCUACUACUUUUACGAAAUUCAUCAACCACUUUGGAUGGGUUAUUUUUCAUAGUUCAUCUGAUGGAAUUCUUUGGAUGAUUUGUUUUUCAUAGUUCAUAUUUAGCUUCCAUAAUUUGAAAGAAAAGGUGUUCCUGGAUCAAGCUGUUUUCACUUCAAUGCCCUUGCCGUAUUUGGUGGUGGCAAGAAGGUAUGGGUGCAAAUUCAAUAUGCCAAUGGAAGUGGCCUAAACGAAGUGAAUGGAUGAAGGGCAAAGUGGUGGGAUGUGGAUCUUUUGGCACUGUACAUUUGGCCAUAAACAAAUCCACUGGUGGACUUUUUGUUGUGAAAUCACCACAUUCGGGUGCUGGACGCGAGGCCCUGGCUAAAGAGGUUAAAAUCCUCGAGACUUUAAAUUCAUCGCCAUAUAUUGUUAAAUGUUUGGGGACAGAGGAGGACCAAGGCAAGAUCAAUAUUUUUAUGGAGUAUAUGGCAGGGGGUAAUUUAUCAGAUGUGGCACACGAGUUUGGUGGGUCGUUGGAAGAGGAGGUGGUUCGGGUCUAUACAAGAGAAAUUCUUCUUGGGUUAAAGCAUCUUCACCAAAAUGGAGUUGUGCACUGUGACCUUAAGUGCAAGAACGUGCUUUUGGGGUCAUCUGGUAACAUCAAGUUGGCGGAUUUUGGAUGUGCAACGAGGGUAAAGGACUUGGCAGAUUGUUGGCACUCUAUUGGUGGGACACCUCUGUGGAUGGCUCCUGAAGUAUUGAGGAAUGAGUCAGUGGAUUUUGCUGCAGAUAUAUGGUCCUUGGGAUGUACAAUUAUUGAGAUGGCUACUGGCACGCCUCCUUGGGCUCAUCAGAUUUCAAAUCCAUUCACUGCUGUUAUCAGCAUUGCCCACGGCCAUGAGAUACCUCAGUUUCCACCUCAUUUCUCUGAGGAAGGUUUGGAUUUCUUGAGCAAGUGCUUGGAGAGAGAACCCAGUAAGAGGUGUACGGCUGAGGAGUUACUUGUCCAUCCAUUUGUUUCCACAAGACUUUCUCACCAAAAAUGUGUUUCCUCACCAGCAAGUGUCUUGGAUGUUCAAAACUUCAAUGAUACUUAUUAUGAUUUAGAUGGAUUAGAAAGUUCAGAGGGGAAUGAUUUCUCAACCACAAAAUCAUUUGCAUGUCACGAUGAUGGCCCAAAAGGAAUAACAAUGUGUAAACAGGAAGACAGUGCACUGAGGUCAUCAGGGAAUUGGAUUACUGUUAGAUCAGGCUGAAAAAUAGAAGGGUUAAUGUACAUACUGAAUUCAAUUGUACAGCUUUGAACUCAAGCAUAUGUAGGAGACGAAUAGGUUGUCAAAAGUUUCAAGGGCUUUUCCAUAGCAUUUUCACAUAACUAUGUAUCCAUCCAAAGGAUUAGUAAUACUAGCCACACAUUUGUUAUUAAAGGGAUAGUAUCUGUCUGUCUCAUGUGACAUAAAUACCGCAAGAUUCCUACAUGUUGCAUUGCAUUUUUAAUUAUUUAUUCAUCAUUAAACCAAAGAUUGUUUGGGAUU